UCUGGCAACAACGUUUAAAUGUCAUUCAUUUAACCUUACUUUAUAUUCUUACUUUUUUACUCUGUUUAUAUUGAUAUAAAAUGUUUAAGGAAGUAAUGAAAUAAAAUGUAUAGAAGAUAUUUACAUGUUUUUAAGCAUUUAAAUAAAUACAAGAAUUGUGCGGUCAAUAAAAUAAAUUAUGCCCAGUACUAUGGCGCCAAAGAUAUUUUUAGUUUUAAUAAUAUUUAUCAAGGGGUUAGAUGUUUAAAUACUCAACAUCUUAAUGACGAUUUGGAAACAUCAUCAGACCAAACAAAAAUUAAAACAAAUGUUAAAAAUAUAAAAGAUUUGUUAAAUACCAACUUGGUAAGUGGAAAUGUAUCUUCCUUAAGGUUAAUUAAAAAUCUACUCCCAUCUACAAACUUCGAUAAAUAUUCUCCCGAUGAAAUAAUAUUACUAUUUGAAUGCGCUGGAAAAUUGGCAUAUAAUUAUUCCAAAGAAGAAAGAGAUGAUUUAUGUCAAAAGCUUGUUAAGUACCUUCCUAAAUUUAAUAAACUUGAUAUUAAUAUUUAUCAUAAAUACCUGGAAAUUUGUACAGAAAAUAGAAGUUUAGUAAAUCCUAAACAAUUUUUAAAUAAUUUAAGAUGUGAACCAAAUUCAGAAACAUACAAAUUACUAUUAAGAAAUGUAUGUGAAUUUGGGGAUUUGGAGACUUCAAUAAUUAUUUUGGAAACUAUGAAAGAAAAACAGAUUCCAAUUGAUGAGGAAGUCUUUGCAAAUCUUGUUUUGGUUUAUAUAUUAAAAGGAGGUUUAAAUGGGGGAGAAUCAGUUCUAAAAACAAUGAAAUCAGCACAAGUGCCUGAGACAAAACUGACAAAAUUAGCUAUAUUCAAAGGUUUAGCAUCAAGAUUGGAUUUUAACGAGUUUAAAAAUGCUUUGCAUAAGUAUCCUGUUGAACUAGAUGAUGUGGAUACUUUAGAGUUAUUGGAAUAUUUAGGAAGUAAUGGAAACUACAAAUGGAUUUCAGAGUUUCCUAAACAACAAUUUUCCAGAGAUUUUCAAAUAAAAAUAAAUAAUUUGUGUGUUCAUUUAAUACACAUGGAUAAAGUUGAUGCUGCUAUUGAAAUCUAUAAACACUAUAUAGAUGUAUCUCAAGAAAAUGACUAUGGAUUUCAACUAUUAAAAGAAAUGCUUUUACUCAAUAAGGAUAUAGAAAAGAUCAUUAAUGUUGCCAAGGAAUUUAAAGAGAAAGAAUUAAACUCAAACUGCCUAGAGAAGUUAACAAAUGUUGCUCUUAAAUUUGGCCAUAUAGAGCCAGCAUGGACACUACUUACAAAUUUUGAUGAAUUAAGACCACACUACUUUUGGCCUAUUUUAAUAAUUGCUUCUAAAAGAGAAGGAGAACAAGGUGUACAAAGUGUAUUAAAAAAAAUUUAUGAAUAUAAUGUUCACCUUGAUAGUGAAUCUUUGGAAUGGUAUGUAUUUAGGUUUUGCGAUUUAUCUCAACCUAAACUGAUUAUUAAAAAAAUGCAAACUUUUGACUACACUGUUAAAGAGUUACUUAGUCCUUUAGUAACGGUUUUGUUAAGGAAUAAUAAACUUAUCCAAGCCGAAAAUUUAGUUAAAUCAUAUAAUGUGGGCAUAUUUGGAGAUGAAAUUUUACCGCAACUUGCACAUUGUUUUUUAAAAACUAAAAAUACAAAAGCAGUUGUAACUAUUUUAUCAACAUUUUGCGAAUCAAAUGUCAAUUCAAGUGACCAUGUUGGAGAAUUUUUAAUCAGAGUAGUUGGUCUUUACAAAAACACACCCCAAAUAAAUCAGUUUACGGAACUAUUGAAAGUUUUAAAAGAGAAUAUGUUGAAAAUUCACUAUAAUUCUUUUGAAAUUAUUCAAAAUAAAAUGGAAGGGAAAAAUUUGGGGGAUUUACAAGAUCUGUUGAGAGCAGUAUCGGAAUUUCAAAUACCGCCAGAACCUAGUCAAAUACCUCAUCCUCGUGAAAUGAACAUACAAGAAUUGGAGUGUCACUUAGAGGAACUUUUAGAAAAAAAAAUGGAAACCAGAGGUGUCCUAAGAAGACUUAUACAGCUACAUUGCAAUUCAGGAAAUCAUAAAAGAGUUAAAGAACUACAAGACAUGUUUAUUACAAAAGGAUAUACUGAAUCAGCAGGGAUGAUUACUUCUGUGUUUUAUUCUUAUGUUCAAGGUGGACAUCUACCACAAGCGUUAGAAGUUUAUUAUGAGCUUAAGAAAAAUCAGCCAAAUUUUAUUAUAGAUGAAUAUAAAAUUAUUGAUUUAGUAGCUUUAAUGGUUAAAGAAAAAGUCGUUGAUCAGGCAAUUAAUAUUAUUAAUGAAGAGUCCAAAGCUAGAAAAGUUUUCGGGGGAAAAGGAAUUGUAAGAAAUUGUUUAAAUCUCCUGAAUAAUUUUGAAGAUGUUAAUAAACAAAAUGAAAUUUUUAAACUACUGUUAAAAUAUGAGUAUUGCCAACCAACAAAUGUAAUAUUAGGUCCAAUAAUCAGGCUAAAUAUGAAAUGUGAUGUGCAAAAAGCAGUUGAAAGAUUUGUUGAAUUUUCAAAUCAAUAUAAAUGUACCCCAUUACAGCUGGAGUUAAUUCGUGCACUACUAGAAGAAAAUAAUGAAGACUUGAUAAAAGCUGCACUUACAGCUACCGAAAAAGUUCAUGGUACCACAGCGGCAUUUUCAGUUUAUGCCUCUGCUUUAGCGGAAAAAGGACUGACUAAAAAGUUAACAAAGUAUUUAGGGAUGAUAACUAUUCCUUUAGUUCGCGAAAUCAAUAAAAGAUGUGAAAGGUGGGUUCAUGAAAGUAAAGUUGAACCCUUAAAAACAUUAGCCAUAGCAUCGGAAAGAAUUUCAUCUGAAGUUGUUGAUAGGUCUAAGGUUGUUAAUAGUAUUAUGGAUAUUUAUUGCAGUAGAAAGGACUGUGAAUCAGCUAUAGAUUUAUGUAAUAGUUUUAAUGAAGAUGACUUUAUUAGGAAAGGACUAUUACAAAGAUUAGAAAAUCUAUUAAUAAAGUGUAACUAUAAAAAAGCCACACUUGUAAAUAAAUAGUAAAUUAAAACAAAAAUG